UCUUUUUCGUACUUUUUUCUUUUUCUUUUUCUUAUGCAUAUUUCAUCUUUUAUAAAUCAUCAAACACAAGAGCCAAACAUAAUGCAUACUACCAUGGCAACCAUUCAUAAUAAUAAUAAUAUGAUGGAACCACCAGCAUAUAAUAAUCAACUGAAAGACCUAUUUAGGCACUCAGUUGCGUCUACAGCUACAACAGUGACAUCGACGAGCAAUUCAACACAACGCCUGAGUACCACUAGUCUAUCAGAAGAUGAUUAUUGCCCAAGGCAUAGCACUAGUAGCAGUCAUCAUAGUCACCAUAGUAGCAGUAAUAACCAUUCUAUAAAAAGUAAAAUUCUCAGCAAAAUACAAUCAAAGAGAGAGGAGAAUGCUAUAGCGAUUGACCCAUGGUGUAUAUCUGUUCGAUAUGCACUUGAGCAUUCCAUUUGUUCAGAUUGGAUGUAUAAAUAUGAAACCCCUACAUUUACGUUUACAAAAUCAUGGAAGAAGAGAUAUUUUGUGUUGGUGGAUAGAAUUGUUUAUGUGUUCAAAUCAACAAAACCAACAAGUCCAGCAAAAGAGCAUUUUGUGUUGACAGCAGACACGUUUGUUUUUGUCACGGAAGAAUUUAAAAAGGGAUAUGUUAUUGAACUAAGGAAACCACACUUUAAAUGGUAUAUCCGGUGUGAUUCAGUCAAUCAAAUGAAACAGUGGUUGGAGCUCAUGAAAAAGAUAGUUGCAUGUAUCAAGAUUGGAUAUAAUGGUUUAUUGACUCACUCGAUACUAUCCUCCAUUAAAUUGACGGAUGAUUACAAGAUACUUAUACCUCAAUCCUAUCCAAAGACGCGUCCUUCUUCUCAUUACUCCAGAAGGUCUAUGACUGACAUACCCGAUUGGGAAACAAUGAUUAUCCCACCACAGUUACCUCCUCCUCGAACAAAACCACCACCAGUCCCUUUACCUACUGUUUCCGAAUAAUUUGUAUAUUUUAUUUAUUCUAUUUGUUAUUAUUUUAUUAUGGUACAUUGUAUAUUAAUUUCAUAAGACCCCCCUUUUUGUACAUUUAACAACAAUAAACAUUU